AUGGCUGCUACUUCCGAACCCAAAUCCAUCUACGAUUUCACCGUCAAGGAUGCGAAGGGAAAUGAUGUUGAUCUAAGCACUUACAAAGGGAAAGUUCUCUUGAUCGUGAACGUUGCUUCUCAGUGUGGUUUGACCAAUUCGAACUAUACUGAGCUUGCGCAGCUGUAUCAGAAGUACAAAGAUCAUGGGUUUGAGAUUCUUGCAUUCCCGUGUAACCAGUUUGGUAACCAAGAACCUGGUUCUAAUGAAGAGAUUGUUCAGUUUGCUUGUACCCGUUUCAAGGCUGAGUACCCGAUAUUCGACAAGGUUGAUGUGAACGGAGAUAAAGCUGCUCCAAUCUACAAGUUUCUGAAAAAAAGCAAAGGCGGGCUUUUUGGAGACGGCAUCAAGUGGAACUUUGCCAAGUUCUUGAUUGACAAAGAUGGUAAUGUCGUUGACCGUUACGCUCCAACUACUUCUCCUCUCAGCAUUGAGAAGGACCUGAAGAAACUGUUGGGUGUUACUGCUUAA